AUGUCUCAAUCCGGUGCGGCCGUUGCCCAGGAGUGCAUAACUGCCUACAAUGAGCUGAAGCUCUCCAAAAAGUACAAGUUCAUCAUUUACAAGCUCUCAGACGACAACAAGCAAAUUGUUGUCGAGGAGGCUUCCGACAACAAGGACUGGGAGGUUUUCCGCGAGAAGCUCAUCAACGCCACCACUAAGAACAGGGCUGGUGCUCUUGGCAAGGGCCCCCGCUACGCUGUCUAUGACUUCGAGUACCAGCUUGCUUCUGGCGACGGUAUCCGCAACAAGCUCACCUUCAUUGCUUGGUCCCCCGAUGAUGCCAGUAUCCAGGCCAAGAUGAUCUACGCUUCCUCCAAGGAGGCCCUCAAGCGCACUCUCACGGGCAUUGCCACCGAACUCCAGGCCAACGACGCCGACGACAUCGAAUACGACAGCAUCAUCAAGACCGUUUCCAAGGGUCUCGCUUAA